AAUAGAUAAAUUUAAAAGGAGAUGGAAAUAUUACAUGGAAUGAAUUUAUUUCUUAUCUAUUAGUGGAAUUCCAGAAAAAAGAUAUUUCAUUACAAUUGCGAAUAUUGAAACUUCCUAUAACUGGUGUCCCUCAAAUCUUGAAAUCACAUCAUCGUACAGCUAUACACAAAAUUAUGUUUUAUCCCGAAAUAUUACCUGACAGGACUACAAGUUUUCAUAGAGGAUCUUACUUGACCGUGACCAAGGAAGGAAUUAUAAAUUAUUGGUCGUUAGAUUUAAAAUACGAACGUAGUGCAAAAUCUGUAAAUCCAUCUUUGAAAGUUCAACAAACUUUAAUAACUGAUAUGAUAGUAAUGCCUGAUAUACAAAUAGUAUGUACGAGUUCUACCGAAUACGAUUUAAGAUUUUACGAUACAGAGGCAAAAAAGUUUGAUCUUCGAAUAAUGAUAACAGGAUUGGAAAAUGCAGUUAUUUGUAUGGCUUAUUACUUCAGUAAAAAUAUCAAAGAGGAAUCGCAUUUUGUAUUUGGAGAUAUGAGUGGAUCUGUUAAAAUUAUAACUUUCAAUCCAUUAGACAAAGGACCGUUUAAACAUGAUCCUCAACGUGAUACGUUAUUCAUUCGUUACGAUUCUGUACUUAAGGGCGAUUUGAAAGGAACCAGAGUUUUAGAAUUUAAAAAUGUUCAUACAAAUUGGGUGAAACAAGUAGCCUAUUACGGAAGUUUAAGAUCUUUUAUAUCUAGUAGUAGAUGUAGUAGUUGUUCUUUGUUAAUAAGCGAUCUUACAAAGGCUAGAACUCAAUAUAGAUUUAAAGUUAACAUGGGUAUAUCUUGCUUCACUUUUUGCGAAGAAAUUCAAUUAUUAGUAACUGGUGGACCAGAUUGCAUAGUUCGAAUUUGGAACCCCUAUGUAACAAGAAGACCAAAUUCUAUAUUUCAAGGUCAUCGCGCAGGUAUUUGCGCCUUAGUUGUUCAAGACGCUGGUAAACGCGUGUAUUCUCUAUCAAAAGAUAGAUGUAUCAAAGUGUGGGAUGUAUUAGCUCAAUCUUGUAUUCAGACGUACAAUGGUCUUCCUAGUGAAUUAGGGGAACAUACAACAAUGACUGUAGUGUAUAAUACAUUAAAUCGUAAAAUGAUCGUUGCUGGUGCAAUAAUUGCAAUAAUUGUUUGUGAUCCUAAAGUGGAUGAAGCAGUAUCUGAUGGCUUUACACAUACAAAAUCUGUCUCCUGUGUUUUAUAUAAUCAUCUUUACAAAGUGGUAGUUUCAACUGGAUUAGAUUCUUGUAUAAUAAUUUGGGAUCCAUGGCUUGGAAAUCGCUUAUUCUUAGUAACACAUGCACAUAGUAGAUUUUUGUAUGGCCAAUUUCAUGACAUUGAAAUUACUGCUGCAUGUUUUGAUGAAUCUGAACAAUUACUAGUAACAGGUGCUCGAGAUGGAACAUUAAAAAUAUGGCAUUUUAAUACUGGUACUUGUUUACGAAACAUGGAACUUGAAACUCAAUGUGAAGUAACAAGUUUAGUUUGGUUGGAAAAUCGAAUUUUGUGCAGUAGUUGGAACCGUCAAGUUGUAGAAUUUGCAAUUUCUGAUGCAUAUAUCUAUAAAAAAAAUUGGGGGCUAAUUCAUACUGAUGAUAUUCUUUGUUCAGCUAUGUGGUAUCCUCAGGUAUUGGCUACAGCAACUUUUAAUGGAGAGAUAAUUCUUUGGAGAUUAGAAACAGGCCAACCAUAUAGGAAAUAUAAAGUUAACGAACCAAUGGCUCGAUUUAGAAUAAAAUAUUUACAAAAUGAUAAAACAAAUGAAAAAAAUAAAUCUGAAGAAAUUACAAAAGAACUCAUUUCGUUACAAAGUCAAUAUGAAACAGUUUCUAAACACCAAGAAUCUGCAUUGAAUAUUACACGAAUUGUUGCUGUUCGAUCUAUGAUAUUUUUAAAUGCUCGAUCAGUUAAACCUGAUGUCGGAACAUUAUUGGUUUCUCUCGAUUCCGGUUUAAUACAAGUAUGGACUCAUCAUCCGGCUGGAGGAUUUUUAGAAGCAUUUUCAGUUAUUCAUACUGUACGUGAUUGUGCAUUAGCUUUAGCAACUGAUCCUGAAAAUCAUUUUCUUGUAACAGGACAUUGUGCUGGGUAUAUUAAAGUUUGGUAUCUUGCAAAUUAUUUGGUAUCAGAUCCUCCUGAGAUAGAUAUGAUUCAUUUACGGUUAGAAUUUCCAUUUUUAUGGAAAGAUAGAAUUUUGGGCAGAGCAAAAAGAGCUGUAAGAGAUCAACCUUUGCCACUUUUACUUUCAUCCGUACGUGGUCAUUUAAAAUCUAUUACAUCUGUACAAAUAAUUCCAGAUGCACGCAUUAUUAUUAGCGCUAGUACAGAUCAUUCUGUACGUUUGUGGACAUUUGGCGGACGUUAUAUUUCAACUUUUGGAACAUUUAAACCUUGGUCACCAAUUUUACCAAUGAUUCCAACUUAUCAGUAUUUUAAAGAUUACAGAUUACCACCAGAUAUUAAAAAAGUUGCUAGUUCUACUACAUUAAAAGUUCUUGAAGGAGGGAUUAGCGAAAUAAUUGAUACUGAUCCAUCAAAAACAGCUUUUAAAACAGAUUAUAUUAUGAUCAAUGGACAAAGGCUUACUAUUAGCAUGAUGGAUAAAGCAACAUUAAUGUUGCUUAUAGAUUAUCCAAUUUUAGACACUUCUCUACCAUAUAUACCUAUAUAUACACACUUAAGAUUAAGACCUUUGGAAAUCAUUCAACCACCAAAAUUACCAGCAUUACUACAAAAACCAUUAAAAUAAUUUUCCAUCAUGGAAUAACGUGGAGGUGUCUUCCAGAUUGCACUGGAUGUACGUUUUAAUUUAUUUCUAUCUAUGCCAUGAAACAGUUGAGUCAAAUCUGGUGUGCACUUUCUGGUAUCAAAGAAUUUAAAAACUG